AAUCCCAACUACAGCCAGGAGGGGAGAGAAACACGUGUCGUUAUUGAAAAUCAUUGAUACGAUUCACCGAGUGCUACUGAACGUAAAAUUUUUCACAUAUUCGGUGCAAACGAACGUUGAUUGAAUAUUCAGUUAAAUAUUGUGAUAUAAAUUAACAUUCGAUUAAUUUCGAAAUGAUUUAAUAAAUUUGUUCAAGACGAGAUAUAACGAAUUAUGCUGUUUUUAAUGUUUGUAUUCUUUUACAAAAAAAUAAUGAAGAUUUUACGGAGACGACGCUUCCUCCGGAUAUGGAACUCAUGGAAGUACCUACCAACAAUAGAAGCUCAUUGAAUAUGUUAGAGAAUAUUACAAAUAAAAUUUGGAGAAUCUUGCCUGUGAUCAAUAUACCUCAAAGUUGGGUUCUUACAUAUUGUAUGAAACAUACUGAGAUUACUGAAGACGUUGAGAAAGCAACUAUGCAAUGCCAAUAUGAUGGUACUGAUUGGGACUGCACAUUUAUCGAGUUGGGUGGAGGACGAGAUGAUUAUAAUAUGGGAAAAAUUGUCUCAUUAUUUCAAACUCUUUCUAAUCGCGGAUUAAGAUUAAAAUUGCUUCGUGCAGCUGAAAUUUGUGGCAAAUUAUGGCAAAAAUAUAAACAAUUUCAGGACAAUAGAUUAAUUCAAAUGCGAUUGAAUAUUGAUGUGAGACGAUCAAUAACUUAAAUUAUUUUUUUUAAAAAUACAAUUUUCUAUAAUGUUUCUUUUUAUUGAAGAUAAAGAAUAGAGAAAAAAGAUCAAAAAAAAAUAAAGAUUUGGCAGAUUCGAAAAUAACACAGAAAAAUUUAAAAAAAAAAUGGAAAAGAUAUAUGAUGAGGAAAUAAAAAAAAAGAGACGAGCAGUUAAAAAAGUGCAAGCUAUUCGACAAAAAUUGAUGAACGAGAUUACAGAACUUGAAAAUAAAAGUAUAAAUAGUAAAAAAAUAAUAUAAUAAUAAGUAAUAUAAUUAAAUAAUCAAUAAAUUAA